AUGUCGACUUCGACAUACGACCAUGUGCUUUUUGCCUCAGCUGCUGCUGUCCGGCUGUUGCUAGCUUGGGCAUUUCCCGGCCUGCCUGACCUACUCAGCGGGCGUGUCGAAUUGUCAACACCGGUCACAGGCUUCAAGAGAUUACGAGAAGGUCUCUUUCUAUACAACCACGGUCUAUCGCCCUACGAUGGCGGUGUCUUCCACCAAGCUCCAUUGCUCCUGCCGCUCUUCUCGCUCCUCCCUGACCCGACUCGCUACCCCCUGGUCACCGUCCUGCUGUACACACUUGUCGAUCUCGCCAGCGCAUAUGCUUUGAUGCAAAUCUUUGCUUCAGGCCAAUCGUAUGCUACUCGCUUCUUCACAUCAUCGCGCGAGUCGAAACGCUGGUCGUCUUCUGCCGUCGCUGCCACGUACCUCUUCAACCCCUUCAUCAUCUUGACCUGCCUGGCACGCUCUACAAAUGUCUUUGGAAACCUCUUCAUCCUACUCUCCGUUCUCAAGGCUUGCCGUGGUGCCCCAAUUGGCUCCGCUUUCGCUCUUUCCAUGGCUUCGUACAUGUCGCUGCAUCCUCUGUUGCUGCUCCCACCCCUUACAAUUCUGUGCUACGACUCGUAUAUGCUUCGUCGUAAAAGUCCCUCAGAAUCUGGACACACCACUGGGCUGCCAGCUUUUGCCGUACGUUAUACCGUCGUACUCGCAGCCACCAUCGCCAUCUUGUUUGCACUGUCGUAUGCAUUGACUGGCGACUGGUCUUUCGUCUCGUCCGUCUACGCUUCUCGUCUCUUGCUGCCAGACUUGACCCCCAACGUUGGUCUGUGGUGGUACUUCUUUAUCGAGAUUUUCGACUCAUUCCGCAACUUCUUCCUCGGUGUAUUCUGGCUACAUAUGGUUUCCUACUCGCCUGCUCUGACUAUUCGUCUUCGCGAGCAACCACUGGCAGCUAUCGUGCUGUUGUGCGGUAUCUUUGCCAUCUUCCAGCCGUACGCCAACGUUGGUGAUGCUGGAUUCUGGCUUUCUUUGCUUUCCAUGUAUGGACAUGUUCAUGAACUUUCACGAUAUGCCUUCCCUGCUAUCAGUGCACUUAUAUACACCACCUUACUCGGACCUGCCUUCUACUACCUAUGGGUAUACGCCGGUAGCGGGAACGCCAACUUUUUUUACGCCAUCACGCUAGUCUGGAGUUUGGCUUUGUCAGUCAUUCUAGCUGACAUGCUCUAUGCUAUCAUCAGAGAUGAAUGGGAGAAAGAGCGUCCAGAAAUGAAAGGCAAAGAAGCCAGACAAAUAUGA